AAAACAUUCGCAUAAGGGCUGGCUACGGACAGGACAGUCAUAUCGGCAGCACGGCCGCAGCGAGACAUUUCUCAUUGAUACAUACAGAGAUAUUUCGCAGAAGAGAGAGAGAGAGAGAGAGAGAGAGAGAGAGAGAGAGAUUGUGUGUGUGCGCGGGCGAGAUAGAGUGCGAGAGGAGAGAAAAAGAGAGAGUGAUAUUGUGUGUGCGAUCAAGAUAGACUGAGUUAGAGAGAGAUAGAGAGGGCUAUUUUGCCGCCGGCGGAGAGUAACUUCGCCGGAUUUCCGACCUUCCUCGAAGUACAGCAGAGAGGAAUGCAGGAUUUUCAAUCAAUCACGGGGCAGAGUACCGGUAGGAUCUUCGGUGGGGUUACUGACGGAACAGGCGGCGGAUGGGAUAACCGGCGGCUUAGAGCCUAUCCAUCCGCCACGAUGGCGCCGUCUCCCCUCCAUCCACCGCCCCCAUUGAAAUGCCCAAGGUGUGAAUCACAGAACACCAAAUUCUGCUAUUACAACAACUACAAUCUGUCCCAGCCCCGCCACUUCUGCAAGUCUUGUCGCCGUUACUGGACAAAAGGCGGCGUUUUACGCAACGUGCCGGUCGGCGGCGGCUGCCGCAAGCCCAAACGCUCCUCUAAUUCCAAAUCCCGUCGAUCCUCUGCUAGCCGUUCCAGCAGUGACAGUUCCGGCCGAAAUCCUGCCGACGCCUCCGCCGCCCUUCCCGAUUCUGUAAUUUUCCCCAAUUCCUCUUCCUCCAACCCCAAUCCCCCUAACCCUAGCUUCGAUCAACCCUUCGCGGCCGCGCCAGACCGAGCGGCGGAAAUAUUUCCCGAUGGGGCGGGAACCAGCUUCUCGAACCUCAUGGCGGUUACAUCCAGUCAAUCGAUUCAUGGAUUCAACUUCGUCAAUCCACCGCUGCUCCGCCAUCCAGAUCCUCAUCAAAAGCUAGAGGAUAUCACGUCGCAGGAUAUAAUCCAUCAGGUGGUUCCAGGUCGGGCGAACAAUAGCGCCAUCGACUGGCCGCCGGCGAUGGAUACAAGCCUCUACGACCUCGCCGGCGCCACCGAUCCGACAGCUUAUUGGAGCCAAAAUCACUGGGUCGACGGUGAUCCCUCGCUCUAUCUUCCCUGAUUUUAAUCUGACAGCAACACCAAAAUCUGUAUUAAUUUUGUGGGCAAAUAAUAUCUUCUUAAUAUUUUUGUUUUUUUGUUUCUCCUUCUCUUUCGAUCUACCGCGUGGUUUUCCAGAAAAAAAAAAAAUGUAAGAAAUUUGUCCAUAGAUAUCUACAGCUUGAGUUCUGACCUCUUAUUGAAAUUCCUCUACUUUAAUAUAUAAUUCCUUAUUGAUAUGUA